UCCAAAAUUCAAACCUUUUCCAAGUUCCCUUGUUUCAACUUUGGCAUAUCCUUCGCAUCGACGGUAUUUUGUUUCUCAUUCAAAUGUGAAAGAGUUUUAAAUUUGUGGACACAGUGUUUUGGUAAUCGAAAUGGACUUGUUUGUAAUUUUUUUGGGGGGAAAAUCUUAAUUUGAAAAGUUUUUUUUAAUUGGCGCGUUGAUGUGUUCGAGCGGGUCUAGUACGAUGGAAAGUCCGGGCGACGAAACGGGUCGGGGUGCAGCGCCCCUCACCACUGCGCUGCCCAACGGCUCCACCAAGAUCAUCGGCCGCAACGUGAAUGGGACAAUGAUGGUAACCUCAGCGCCGUCCAACGAGGCAGAACUCCAGCUGUACAGGGUGAUGCAGCGCGCCAGCCUGCUUGCUUACUACGACACCCUGCUUGAAAUGGGCGGCGACGACGUUCAGCAGCUAUGUGACGCCGGCGAAGAGGAGUUUUUAGAGAUUAUGUCCCUCGUCGGAAUGGCGUCAAAACCCCUUCACGUUAGACGGCUUCAAAAAGCACUGCAAGAAUGGCUGAACAAUCCCGCCCUCUUCCAGGUACCCAUCGUACCGAACCUGUGCCCUACUGAUCAUCCCUGGAUGCAGUGUAACCAAAGACUGGUAAACGUGCCAGUCAAUCAACCGGUGCUACCAAGACCUAUAUCGUCCCCGGAGAAUAGAUCAAUGUUCAGCCCGUCUCCUGGGGCCCCAGCUGGAGACAACAACAGCUGCUGUUCUAACACCUCAGCUCCUAACGCUAGUCCUAUUCAUAGCCAUUCAAAUUUCAACAAAAUUGUACUGCCAACUUCUCCAGCAUCUAACGCACCAGUGACUUCCACUGCAUCCAGGCCUUUCUCCCCACAAAGCGCACUUCCGCCAUCUGCUGGCUCUAGUCCAGGGUCUGUGACCUCCCCCGUCUUGACUCCUGUACUUUUGGACGUCCACGUUCAAAAACUAACAGUAGCGGCAGAAAAGCUCGUCAAACACAUGCCGCAACUAGAGCCCAAGCCACAGAACACCAAGAGAAAAACAUCAAAAGAACUGGAACACGUGAUGAUGAUGCCAGAAACCGAUCCUCGAAGGAUGGAAGAGAUCAGAAAAUACGCAGCGAUUUACGGGCGUUUUGAUUGCAAACGAAAACCGGAAAAGCCCUUAACGUUGCACGAGGUGAUGGUGAACGAGGCGGCUGCCCAGAUAUGCCGCUGUGUACCAGCACUUCUAGCGCGGCGGGACGAGCUGUUCCCUCUCGCCAGACAACUCGUGCGUCGGGCUGGGCUGCACUAUUCAAAACAUGGAUUACCUCCAACGGCAGCGCUCGGUGAAGAGCAGGAGGACGACAUUACACCAAGCAAGAGACGACGCCAGGUUGCUCCCGUUCAUGAAGACGACACAGGCAAUGGAGUCCAUACCAGUCCUGAAGGUCGUAUCAACAACUCCAGCAGCUGGUGGGGCGUAAAGACCGAGAGCGACGACGCCGAUGACGCUUCCAGGUGUUCCUUUUCCAGCACCAGUACUCCACCUUUGGACGCAGAGGAAUCCCGGCCUCAAGUCGUGGCUGCUCGCGGCGACAAUAUCAUCGCAGUUGCCAACCCCGCGCUUCAAGCCGCACCGCACCCUCCGCACCCAGCUCGUAAUCACUCCAACUGAUCUUCGGCCAUGCCGCAGCUCUCUCGAGUACAUGCAGCUCUGAGCUCGGCAUUCACAUUACUGGUAAAUAUAUGCAUGCGACCAUUCCCAAGUGCGCUUGAUUUCGACUUUACUGUGAUAGUGGCGUUUACGAUCAAGAAUUUCUGGAUAUCGUCCUGCAGUAUACUUGAAGAGGUUGCAGAUAUAGGUAGAACAAUAGCCGAGGAUAUCGUUAACAUCGAAUAAUAUAAAAGCGAUUUCAAACUUUAAGUGUUAGUGAUACCUAUCGAUCAGGGAGAUUUGGUACACCUGGUUUGUAGCAAUCGAUAACAGAAACUCCUAUUUGAGACCGCUUUUAAACAAAAACACGGAAAUACCGGUACGAAUUCAAACUUUACUCCCUAUAAAACAAGUCAAAUGUUAGAAAUUAAUACUUAUAAGUGUUGCGCGUUAAGUUUCAUCUUGUUGAAGUUUGAAAGUCGGUUUACAUUGGCGGCGUACGCUGCUUCAGUUCUACGCAGCACGUGUCUGGGGCGCUUACACUUGUGAUGCAACGUUAGGAAAACACCAAUAGCGAUACGCCAGUCGACUUCUAGCACCGCCAAUGUUUACUGACAGAAAGCGUUACAGAAUUUUAAAAUAGUUAAUAUAAAUAAUAUUUUUGCCAACUCUAGGCCCCCGUUCUGUAUAUAUUUGAAAUAUAGUACCCGUACAUUUACAAAAUAUUUAAUCGAUAAGACAAUGUAUAUAUAUGAAAAGGUGUUGCAGUUCCAGCAGAUUUGUAUUUAAGCUCACAUGUACAGUUGGGAAUCUUCCCGUUUUCAUAUAUAGGGCACACGUUACUAGAGUUUAUGGUUAAACUCGAAAAUUCGUGUUUUAACAUCUACAAUAGUUUUGGAGGUUCACCGUAAAUUAGUAGUAACAUCAAGGGGAGGUACAGGUGUUCCAUAAAUAUGCAUUAAAAAUAUGUAAGUUUAAUAAGUCAAGUCUUAAUCUGUAAAUACAACCACAUCAUAGCUACAUGCAUACAUAUUUUAAUUAAUAU